AUGUCCUCUCACAAAAAACGAAGAAUUGAAGGUGUAGAUGCAACAAAGCCGAUGAGUGCUAUUGCUGCUCUUGCUGCUCGGCGGAGAGAGGCUGCGGCCUCUUUGACGUCCGCGCAACAAUCCUCAGAAUGCGAUGAGAAACAACCUACCAGCAACGUCAACUACUUCAGUCCACUCCAAAAGGGAAACAGUCAAGUCGGAACUCCGUCAACUCCUAAGAAGAGUGCAGUAAAGGCUCCUAGCUUCGACAUCGCUCAUCAGCUUCUCAGUCGGCCACCAGGAUCUAUAACUCCUGAAUCCGGGACAGUUCAAAGGGCCAUACCAUACUCAUCAUUUCGAUUAUCCGAUCAAAACCACCGAGUUAAGAAGGGAGGUGUGGUAGAAUUACGACUUUCUAGCAAAGAGCGAUUUACAAUCAUUGGAAGUUUUGGUAUUAAAGUGAUUCAAGGUGAGGUAGUGUUGGCUGGUGCCACUCUCUAUCCUGCUGAAACCAUUGAAUGGGUUCAUGCCCCUUACUGCCAUGCAGUGCCCGUAUUACGGACGAAGGAACAGACAAGACUAGAGCUGCAUCCAGAUAAAAUGGCUCAAGGUUUGCGCCAGUUGAGCCGUUUAUCUCCCCUAUUCAGGAAAAUGUGGAACGAGCCACCUGAGGGAGACCCAACCAAGUCAAAUAAAGAAGCAACUUUUCAGAUUGUCCAAACGCCGGAAGAUGCACCUAAGAAAUGCAUCAUCCAAGAGUUAGACUCACUAGCUGCGUGGAACAGGAAGUUUUCAUCCCUGGUGACGACCAGUCGAGAGAAGCCGUCUCUUUCAACGUUGAUUUGCGGCCCCAAGUCGGCCGGAAAGUCUACUUUUUCGAGAUUGUUUCUGAACCGGCUUUUAACAGAUCGGUCUCAUAGACAGACCUUGCGAGGUGUUGUGGUGAUGGACCUAGAUCCGGGCCAACCGGAAUAUGCGCCAGCUGGGACUUUGUCUCUCGUGUUUGUGACGAAGCCGAAUCUAGGGACACCAUUCACACACCCGGGCAUCGGAGACACUGCUUCGAACGUCGUUCGUUGCCAUUCAAUGGCCUCCGUAACACCAGCGUCCGACCCCGAUCUCUACCUGGCAUGUGCCGUCGAUCUAUUUGAUACGUACAACAAAAGUUUUGCGGGUGUUCCUCUCAUCGUCAACACACCAGGGUGGGUUCUUGGAACUGGGCUCGAUCUUCUCUGUGCCUUGGUCAGGAUGAUGAAGCCUGAAGAAGUAUUAUAUAUGUCUGAAGAUGGCCCUUCAGAAACAGUCGAUGCGUUACGGGCUGCAACAGAAACCACGUUUACAGAAUUACCGUCCCAGCAGUCUGAAUUUACAUCAAGAACCGCUGCUCAUCUGAGAGCGAUGCAGACCAUGUCUUAUUUUCACUUACAAGAUCUAGCUUUAACGACAACGAAGCAAACUGACAUCACCCAAAGGUUGAAGUGGAACCCAUCGCCACUUUCUUUCAGACCACCCUUACUUGUACGAUAUUCCUCCAAGAAAGGGAUCUUCGGUUUGGUAUCGUACGAUUAUCAAUGUCCACCGGAGUUGUUGGCCGAUACAGUGAACGGACUGGUCCUGGCGGCAGUUGAGAUAGAGGAUGUGAAAGCAUUUUCCAGAUUCACCCAAGACCAGGUCUCUGCCGAUAUAUCAUCGAAGCUCACGAAGCUUGACGCAGCAAGCAAAUAUGAGGCUCUCCAGAUAGUAUCAACAAGCCCGGAAGGUAUUCCUUACAUCCCCAACUACAACGACGCUGCUUUGGACCCCCGGUAUUCUCGAACUAUUGGGCUGGUUCUCCUGCGAGGUAUUGACGCAAAAUCACACACCUUGCAGCUUACCACACCAAUUCCAGCAGAAGAAUUCAAACACAUCAAAUCUGAAGGCAGAGACAUUGUUUUGCUCCACGGCAAGUUUGAUACCCCAAGUUGGGCCUAUACCGAAGAUCUUUAUGAGAGAGCUGGGGCCGACGAGGGGAACGACGCAAUACUUGAAGUUACGGACGAGGACACAGACGAUGAUAGGUCAGAGGCCGAACCAGAAGACGUUGACAGAGUUAGCGAUUUGACAGAAGUUCCCUGGGUGGAGGUGCUAAAAGGGAGCCAGAGACGGCCAGUUGGCUCAAGAGUUUGGAGGAUCGGCGAUGAUGGUGGCUGCGGCCAUCUGCUACCACUCGCUAGCGACCGUUGA